AUGACAGACCAAGACCAAUCCUAUCGUCCACGAUCCCCUGAUUUUUCCACCUUCCAGUCAGUUCCCCUCUCACCUACCUUCAACAACCACAACCUCAACCACAACACGCACUAUCAACUUCCUCACCACUCCCCCGUUUACCAAUUCGGGAAUCCUUUCGUCCAUCGCGCUUCCUACGACGCCUCACCGUUCUUCACCCCGCAAUAUCAACCACCACCUCUACCACAACAACCAUCGCUUCCUCACCACCCGGUCCCGCAGACCAGGGUUCCCCAGCAAUCCUCCUCAUACUUCCCUCCCGAUCCGGACAUGGCUCGUCGCUCGUCGCGUAUCGCCCAAGCGGCCGAGGUCGCGCCUCACCCGCCCGUCUCCAAGUACGUCGACCCUGUCGAAGAAGAAGAGGAAUUUGUACCUUCACCUCCACCUCAACCGCAACCGGAACCACAAGAGGAGCCCGUCGCUGUAAUUGAAGAGGAAGAGCCUCCGAAACCCGCUCCUGUGCCCGUCAAUGUGGAGGUGAAGACCAAAUUUCCCGUCGCGCGCAUAAAGCGCAUUAUGCAAGCCGAUGAAGAUGUCGGUAAAGUCGCUCAAGUCACUCCCAUCGCAGUGUCCAAAGCACUCGAACUCUUCAUGAUCUCCCUCGUCACAAAAGCCGCCCGCGAAGCCAAAGACCGCAACUCGAAACGCGUCACAGCCUCGCAUCUCAAACAAGCCGUUGUGAAAGACGAAGUGCUCGACUUCCUCGCUGAUAUCAUCGCCAAGGUUCCUGAUCAACCGGCCAGUCGCAAACACGACGACGAUAACAGUGAUCAAAAUGAACAACAACCGAAACGAAAGCGCGGUGGACGUCGUCCGAAAGAAGAAAGUGAUUAA